AUGUAUUCUUACCAUAGGGGUGUCUUCAUCGAUGUAGCCAACGGUCCUGAAGGCGGACGAGCCAGGGGGUCGUUUCCCCGGAGGUCCGGCGGAAGGGGCGGAAGAGCUACUUCCGUUGAAGAACCACCACCAGUAGCAGCCAACGGCCCUGAAGGUUCCAUUAAACCUUUAAUGGACAUUGUAAAUGAUUACAUAAUCAUAGAUAGUACUGCACCGGAAACGUAUUCAUGUUAUCUUAUGAAGAAAUUGGGCAAGAGAUCAUACUACUUCGGGAAAGUGUCUGAAAAAAGGCAUGGGCCUUGCAAAAUAUGGACCAAAACACACGAUAAUUUUUAUACCUACGUACACCUUCCUGGUUCGUGGAAAUACGUUGGAAGGUGGAGGUAUACGUCGAGUCGUCCUGGAUCAAUGGCAGCAGAGAAGUCGGCGAAGUGGGCUGCCGCGUGGAGAAUGACUCUGUGUAAAGCCGGAAGAGAAGCAUUUCCCCAAGAGUACCCUACAUGUCGUAAUUCACAUCUAAGGUUGAAAGAAUUACUUCAACUCAGUGAAAAACGACGCAGACAUAGGUUGCAUAACCACUUGAUCAAGAAGAAGAACCCUGUGACAAUUAACAUCGCUCAUAGUCCAUUGGUAUCACCUGAAGAUGUCUCCUGCGAAUGGAUUCCAUACAGGAUGCGGAUGCGUCGUGUCAGCCAUGCUCGCUCAUAUUCGUGCCCUAUUCCUACUACACAACAGCAAUUGGAUGACCUGGCAGCUUCUACAGAUCGAGGCAUUGCAAGGACAGCACUUUACCGAAGAGCACAGCUUAGAAAGCUUAUCCUUCCCAAACAAAGACCCGGCCGUAAGAUCCACAAUCGCGAAGAGAAGGUUACGGAAGGCAUUUCUUUGUGCGUAAAUCAAGGAUUGAGUGUAAGAGCAGCAGCCGGCGCAGUCGGCAUUAAUUACAGUACUCUUCAAAAGGAAGUGAACAAGCAUAAUCCCAUUCCUCGAAAUUAAUAAUAUUAUUAUUAAUAAAUUAAUUAAUUUUGUUAUUUUCAAUUACUGAUUUAAAUAAUAUAUAGCUUGUAGCUAUAUAUUAUUUAUUCAACAUGAACUUUGAAAAUACUAAACAUAAAAAAAUAAAUAAUUAGUUGGCUUGGGGAGCAGAGGGAAAACCUCACACCGGUGGGAAGCUUGUGACAAUACGAACCACGCAAACUUUUCUGUCGGAUACAGCGAGGCUGUAAUGCAGUAGGUGGAUGGAUUUGUUGGUGAAGUGGUUUUAUUUUCAUGUACUUUCCUACGUAUUGUCGGGUCCAUAAGCUUUUAGUAUUAUUCUUUUUUGAGUGGUGCUAGUUGAGCUUUUAUUCAGCUCCGUAUUUAUAUAUUGUUCAUUUUGGGUGCUUUUGCGGAUCACUUAUUGUUAGAGAACAUUUGAUUUGCUUGCGUAGGUAGUAAAACAAAUUCAGUUUUGUUGGAGAAUUAUGAUGGGAUUUUCGAAAUUUGACUCCUCAGAUAGUGAGAAUUAUUGAGUUUAGUUUUGUCCUAUUAAAAUGAAAUUGUACAUGAAACUCGUGAGAAACACUGAAUUAUGUACAAGCUAUUAAUUGGGAAUAUAAUAAAGAUUGUUAUGCAUUCAGAA